UUAAAGUAACCUUUGCUGUGUCAUAUUGAAGGUCAAUGUGUACCUUUCUUUCAAUUAGAUCUGAAGAACAAGCCUUAUUUGAUGGCAUCUUCAUUGCAAAAGAUGAUGAAGUAGAAAGAUUUGUGGAUUACAUUCAUUCCAACACCAACCAUGUCUCUGGAAGAGGUGUCUGUGGAGGGGAGUGGUCAGCUGCCAGGGAAACUUCUCAGAGAUCCUCUAGUAAAAUUGAUGAGGAGGGACUUGAGCUUGCGGUCUGUCGACAUGGAGUUUUUCUCGGCGCUCUCAACAUGUUCAGGGGAGAAAUAUAUGCUUAUCCCCUCUACCUGCAGAACAAGCUGGCAAAUAAGUCAAUAAGCUUUUUUGCCAUGGAUGUAACCUGCAAGUACUGGCCCUACCUCCACAAAGUGACAAAAAGCUGCCCGGAGCUCCAGCACCUUCUGAGCAUGAAACCAUUCCUCUCAGUGUUUCAUGCCAAAGCCCAUGAUUUUAAAUGCGAGGUUAAAUGGAGUGGAGCUUACCAGCAAGGGGCCGGAUUGACACUUGGGGAGGAGGUUGAGCAGUGUAACGCCUUCCUCUCUAGGAUUGCUGUGACCACAAAGCACAUGUCCAAAGCAGGACGUACAGACAUGCUUACACUGAUGGCCAUGCGCUGGAAUCAGCAAAAGUUUAAUAACUUGGCUGCUUCACUUGCCUGCCGAUAUCAGAAGGCCGCAAAACGCCUGGAAAGCCAACUUCAGGAUCUGGAAAGCAUGAAAAUCCAGCUGGCAGUGACACAGGUUGAAGUUGAGGGCUGGGUCACUGAUAUUAAGGAGUGGGCAGAAGGUGAUAGUUAUACUAUUAUUUCAAUGUCUCAGUUCUGCAGAAUAAUGGGAGACAUGCUUCUGCAAGUAAUUACUGUUUUAAAAUGAAAUCAUACAUACACUGUUUUCUUGGUCAUUUACUUGUGCAGUUAAAAUGCCAAAUUUUAGUAUGUAGUGCAUGCACACUGGAAAUCAUGUCAAAACAAAGUGCCCUGAAAGUACCUGAAUGGUGCACAGUCCAAAAGUUGGAACAUUGGACAUUUCGGUGACAUUCAACACUUUAUUUUAAGGUGUCCUUUUAAGAUUGUAAUUAUACAUUU